UGUCUGCACGUGAUACCGUGUCACGUGAUCUACCGGUAGUCAUUCUAAUGUGUACCUUUCAACCUCGUUUAUUGGCUUAUUAUUAUCAUGUAAACCGCUGGAUUCAGUGAACACCGGAGCAGACCGACUCGAGGGUGUGGUCACCAUGUUGGCUUUGGUCAAAACAGCGAAUUAAUUAACAAAGGAUCAGGAAGAAGCUUCUUUAUGGAUUUGGUUGGUGUUAUUUGACAUCAUCUGGCACAUGGUGUGAGUCAGAAGGACGCUGUGAACUUUUCCCCAUGCAGGUGAAAUCACUGAUCAGUAAUGGAGACUCCAGCAUUGCCACAUGAGGUCAUUUCCCACAUUCUGAGCUUUCUUCAUCCAUCAGACCGAAAAGAAGCCUCGCUGGUCUGCAGGAGCUGGUAUGAAGCAAGCCGAGAUCAUCAGUUUCAGAAAAAUGUCACAUUCAGGUUCCCGGUUUGUGCAUCUUCGUUAGCGUUUAUCCGUGGUCUCGCUCGCCGGCAUCGAUGCAGUCUGAUCAUCAGCCAUGUGGACGACUCCAACCUGUCACGUCAAGUGCUGGAGGAGGUCAGAGUUCACCACGGGGCUCGGCUCAUGGGUCUGGCACUGCCCCGGAGCAGCAUGAUGGAGUCGUCCCUCCUGAAACUCCUGCCGUGCCUGACCGGCCUGCGCAAGCUCGACCUCAACGGUCUCGACAGUCUCUUCAUGUCAGGAGCUUUCCUGAGCCGUGAGGAGCAUCGACAGCAGGUUCGUACGGCUCUGAAGAACCUGGAAGAAUUGGACCUGUCUGACCUGCGCUACCUCUCAGACCUCACCUUUAAUCAUCUAACAGGCUGCACUCUGAGACUCCGUCAUCUAGCGCUGGCUGGCUGUCACAUCGCUUUUGAGUUUGAUCCGUACCGAGGCUGCGCGGUGGGCCUGGGCUCGACAGCCAUGCUGUCGCUGAGGAACCUGCUCCGGCUCCUCCAGGAUCAGAGCGCCACGCUGCGCAGCCUGGACCUCAGCCGCACCUCCAUCACCCCUGAGUCUCUGCGCUCGCUGGCUCGAGUCCCCGGCCUCCACCUGGAGGAGCUGAGCCUGUCCGGCUGUAAGAAGCUCACCGAUUACUCCAUCGAGCAGCUCUGCAGGCACCAGAGAGGCCUCCACAAGCUGGACUUGAGCGGCUGCACGGAACUGACGAGCCGCAGCGUGCUGGCUAUAGGUGCUGAGAUCAAACAGCUCCAGAGUCUCUCGCUGGCCCGCGUCUGGAGGAUUACAGAAAAAGGGUUGGCAGAUUUAAUGUUGCUGCCCGCACUGAGCUCACUGGACCUGGCUGAAUGUGUUAAUGUGAGCGGAGUGGAGCUGGUGAAGGGCCUGUCGUCCCCACAGCCCAGAGCUCAGCUGGAGAAACUCAGCCUCAGGAACUGGACCUACAUCCGGGACGUUUGCUCGCUAGCUCAGUUGUUGACGUCCAGUCUGAAAGAGCUGGAUCUGACCUCCUGCGCUGUCCUCACAGACUCGAGUGUCCGCGCCAUCGCGUCCUACCUGCCCGGGCUGCAGGUGCUGCGUCUCGGCUUGUGUAAGUUGAUUACAGACUGGGGACUGCUCGGAAUGGAGCAGCCCAGCGAUGGCAAAGAGCCCAGUAAGCAUCUGCAGGAGGAAAAAGGGCUGAGCUUUACCCGGACUUUCGGGAACAUGGGUUUCUUUCAGCCUCCUAGAAUGCCGUUCGAUGAGAAGCCACGUCUGGUCACUGAGGAGGACCUGGGCGCCUUCAGGGAGCAAGAAGGAGCCUCUCUGCGGGCGAUCCAGGGUCUACAGGAGCUGGACCUGACCGGCUGCUCCAAACUGACAGACGCCAGCAUAACGCAAGUGCUGCGUUUCCCCAUGCUCCAGCGCCUCUCUCUCGCCAUGCUGCCAGAGAUCAGUGACGAGGGCGUGGCGUCUGUGGCUCUUCACUGCCGCUGCCUGACCAGCCUGGCGCUGAGCGGCUGUUCCCGGCUCACAGACGAGGGUCUGGCUCGCGCCCUGCCUCACCUGCACAGACUGCAGCGUCUGCAGCUCGCCUACUGCGACGGCAUCACAGACAGGUCCCUGAGCCUCAUAGUCCAGCACUGCAAGAGACUGAGGACGCUGGACAUCUCCAAGUGCAGAGGUAUUACUGUAACUCAGGUGGACUUCCUCCAAUCACAUCUCCCCUUCCUGGAAAACGUGCAGUAUCGUUCUGUGGGCGGAGCGAACUUAAACCUCGUGCUCUGAUUAACGGGGUUGUUGUGUGAAAAAGUUUUGGUACCACUACAACGUUACAACGUACAUUUUAAACAUUUGGAUGGUACUUUGAUGAGGCGUUUCUGCUCACUGACUGACGCCAUAUUGUUACAUUAUGCAGGUGUGUGUAGAGUAAGUGGAAGUGUACAACUAAAGCAUGGACCAACAAACCAUCCACACUUCAUCGCUGUUAUUUCCCCCUCACUCGUAUGCCGACAAAUCCUUCUGUGCUUCUGAUAUUCCCGCCUCCUGUGCACGGAUCGGCUAGUUGUUCUGACACACAAGCAUUCAGACGAUACGACAGGUGAAAACUAAUCUGUAACACUUUCUAUGAAGGUCAUAGCUACACUGAUCUAUGAGCGUAUUCAUAUGAUAUAAAGCACCGAUAAGGUUUUUCUACACAUGGUUAUAUCGAGGUUAUUUAUCAAUAUAAAAUGCAUGACACUUUAUAGCUAUCUGCAUUAUGCAUUAUGAAUUGUUAGCAUGAUGUAUUAUAAGUAGUGUUCACGACACAUUAUAACACUUUGUAAAGUGCAUCGCAAGAACUGCCUUUUUUUCCUUUAAUGAAUUAUACCAGAAAGAUGAGCAGGAAAUCAUUCUACAAAACUUUACAGUUUGUCAGCGUGUGUACGACUAAACAUAAUGCACUAAUGACGUGAGCCAGAAUUUAUUAGGUGUUGGCGAUAUAAUACGUCAUAAACACUGCUUAUAAUUUGUAAAUGCAUUUUAAUCACUUCUAUAAACUGUAGUGUCUUUUCCUAAAUAGUUAUAACAAUGUGUAUAAUGCCACAUGAAUGCAUUAUAACCGUUUAUGAAUGCAUUCAUAGGUCAUUAUAGAAGUGGUCUUAAUAGAAAGUGUUACUAAAUAAUCGACUCAAGUUUUGGUUUUUUGGUCGCUAGGAUAAUGUGACAAAAGACUAUUUGACAAUGUUUUUUUUCUCUGUUAAUUUGCUUUAUGCAUAUAAUGUCGAAACAUGUUUCCCCAAAGAGAUUCCUAGCUUCUUUUGUUUUUGCACAUAAACUCUAAAAGGUAAAAUAUGUAAAAUAGUACCUUAUGCACUUGAAAUGCCAUAAACAAAUGGCUUUUAAAAUGUUCCUUUUUAAUUAAAAAGGAAAAUUUAUACAGUAUAUGUAAUGCUAUACCUAUACAGGUAUGAGAUCUUUUUUUUUUUUUUUUUUUUUUUUAAAAAGGACAGGCAUAGAGCAAAUCAGAGAAAUUCAUGUUUCUAACCUUACAUACUACUAAACAAGUCACUUUUAAUCAACAUUUGAACAAACAUUUCAAAGAAUACACAUACUAUUAGGGAUGUUUCUAUAUUUUAAUGAUUAAGAAUUUGAUACAAAAAAAAAAUCUCCAUCGUGUUCAGACUUUACAGUAUAACGUAAAGUACAUCUCAAAAAAAAAAAAAAAAAAAAACACCCACUUUUUUGUUGUUUUAUGUGAACAGCUAUUUACAGUAUGGUGAGUCAUCCAAACAAAAGUGAUUUGCUUUUUUUUUUUUUUUUUUUUUAAUUAUUAUUAUUAUUAUUAUUAUUAUUAUUAUUAUUAAAUCAGAGAUGCAGAUGAUUUGUGCCUGGCAGUGAUGGUGCUCAGCUGAAAUGUGUACACAGCGUGUGGAAAGAUUGCCAUCGGUAUUAAAUACAAGUGUUUUUACUGCCGUUAAUCAAAUAGCAAAACCACAGCGUACUGUACCAGAGGAUUUUUAUUUAUUAUGUAUUUAAUUAUAAUUUUGAAUAAAUAUAUCCAUCAGUGGCAGCGAUUCAAAAAAAAAAACUGGCAGCAAAGUAGCGCUGUAAACCUCAGACUUUCACACGAUA